AUGCCAACUCGGUUUAACUUAGCAAAACGAAACAUCAUUGCUGAUAAUGGUUGCCCGAUCUACAUUCAAUGCCCAGAGACUGAGGUGCAUGUGCUAUGGGACUGCCCCGCUGCCCAGGAUGUGUGGGCUGGAAGUCGGAUCAAACUGCAGAAAUGCCCACUUGGACAGCAAGAUAUGGUACAGCUCCUUGCUUAUUUGAUGGACAGACUGGAACCAGAGGAGGUGGAAUUAUUCUUGGUGCAAGCUUGGAUUAUUUGGAAUCAAAGGAAUAGUGUGCUACGUGCUGAGAUAUGGAUGGAGGAGAUUGCGCAGGCACAACAGCAUCUCUCUAUCACACCGGAGCGACAUGAAGGAAAUGUGUGGCGUCCACCACCUCCUCCUUUCUUCAAACUGAAUUUUGAUGCUGCCAUAAUCAAGGAGAGAAGUACGUCUGGAUUUGGUGCUAUGAUACGGAAUGAACAAGGAGAGGUAAUGGCUGCGCUAUCUGCCAUAGGGCCAUCAGUAUCUUGUAGUGAAGAGGCAGAAACAAUGGCAUGCAGGAAAGCCGUGGAGUUUACUGUUGAUGCGGGUUUCUCUGAGCUAAUGAUCGAGGGCGAUAGUGUUAAUGUCAUGAAAGCAAUUUCUUCCUCAAUCCAGGACCUGUCAGUUGCUGGGAAUGUGGUUGCUGAUAUUCAAUGGAUCAUCCGUGGGCUAAGGAGGGUUCCUUUAAUUGGGUUAAAAGGGAUGGUAUCUUUUGCCCACCAGUUAGAAAAGUCCAAUCUUGGAGCCAUUAAAGUUUGGAACUUGGAACCUCAAAUUGAAAAAGUAACACAAAAAUUAAGAACCUUUGAAGAAAAAAUUUUCAGAUUCCAGAUCUCAAAAUUGAGAAAUGAGCAAAACCCAUUUGAGAAACCAGCUAAGAAUAUAGAAACCAAUAGAAGCAGAUGA